AUGAGUUCCAAAUUUCCUUUUUCGAUCGAACGAGUGGAUGCUCUGCAGAACGAGAAAUUGCUUCGAGAUUUCACAGGAGAACGAACUGCGUUCGUGCAAGUGGGUCCUGACAAAUGGUUCUUUCCCAGAAAGUUUGAAUCGGAAGCGGAACAUUUUUAUAAUUUCGAAGUGCGCAGUGAUGACACGUGGGUUGUAACUUUUCCUCGAUCAGGUACAACAUGGACACAAGAAAUGGUGUGGCUUCUAGCAAAUAAUUUGGACUACUUCACGGCAUCAAAAAUACCUUUAGUAGAUCGAUUUCCAUUUUUAGAGUUCAGCACAUUCGUGCACGAAGACAUAAAACGAGAAUGCUUAGAAAAAAAUCGUGGGAAUAAAGAAAACCAGGAAGCUAUUGAAAGCCUCUGCCAACCAAUGUAUGAGACGCUCAAGAAUGCUCCAUCUCCAAGAUUCAUCAAAACGCACUUGCCCUUCUCUUUAUUGCCCCCCGACUUACUUACGAAAGGAUGUAAAGUAAUUUAUGUUGCAAGAAAUCCCAAGGAUGUAGCAGUUUCAUUUUACCAUCUCAACAGGCUCAUCAAGACUCAAGGCUUUUUGAGAGACUUCAAGACAUAUUGGGAAUAUUUUGAAAAUAAUUUACAACCAUGGACCCCUUACUGGACCCAUGUGUUAGAGGCAUGGAAUAAACGAAGGAAUGAGAACUUAUUAUUUCUCUUUUAUGAAGAAAUGAAUAAUGACUUGAAAUCUGUAGUUGAAAAAACAGCAAAUUUCCUUAAAAAAGAAACAUCAACAGAAGAUAUUGAAAUAUUAUGUCAGCAUCUUGACAUAAAAAAUUUUCGUAAUAAUCCAUCUGUAAACUUCUCAGUGUUCAAAGAAGUUGGAAUGUUAACAGAAGGUGAACAAGAUUUUAUAAGAAAAGGUAAGAAUGGAUCAUACAAUGAUUUAUUUGAUUUACAACUUCUUGUCCGAGCAAAUGCAUGGAUCAACAAACACCUUCAGAAUUCAGACCUUCACUUCCCAGAAAUGGUAAUUUCUUCAGAAGCAAAAGAUAAAGAACAAACUUUCCAGAAAGGUGUAAUUUCAUCAGAUAUACCUGCCAGACAAUAGG